GUCUGAGAAGACCCAGUGUGCAGAAGCCAUGGGUUUGUCUGCAUCCUCCCCGGCUGCGGUGGCUCAGGCACCAAGUGCAUCCAAGCAACAUCACACGGCAUCGCUGCCUUCAGAAUGUCCGAUGCAUCAGGAAAAGAUGACUGGGUGUCCAAUGCACAUGAAGACUCCUGAUCAUAGAACUGAGAACGCAGAUGUUCCUGCACAUCAAGAAAGAGCAUAUGAAUAUGUAGCAUGUCCAGUGACUGGUGCAUCUCAGAUGAACAAUGACAUAGAUCCUAGCAAUAUGAUGCCUCCUCCUAAUCAGCAGCCAUCCCCAGGUCAACCCUUUCCAUUGUCAACUGUUAGAGAAGAAUCUUCCAUUCCUAGAGCACAUUCUGACAAGAAAUGGGUCUACCCUUCAGAGCAAAUGUUCUGGAAUGCUAUGCUAAGAAAAGGAUGGAGGUGGAAAGAUGAUGACAUAACAGGUGAAGACAUGACCAACAUUAUUAAGAUUCACAACCAAAAUAAUGAGCAAGCCUGGAAGGAGAUUCUGAAAUGGGAAGCUCUCCAUGCUAUGGAAUGUCCAUGUGGACCAUCACUGGUGCGGUUUGGAGGCAAAGCAAAGGAGUAUUCACCAAGAGCCAGAAUACGUUCAUGGAUGGGAUACGAACUUCCCUUCGACAGGCAUGAUUGGAUUGUUGACCGAUGUGGAAAGGAAGUGCGAUACGUUAUUGAUUACUAUGAUGGUGGAGCAGUAGACAAGAACUACCAGUUCACUAUCCUGGAUGUUCGCCCUGCCUUUGACUCCCUCUCAGCUGUAUGGGACAGAAUGAAGGUAGCUUGGUGGCGGUGGACUUCCUAACUACUCCUGUGGUGUGUAAUCAAAAUGUGAACCACUCUCCUAGAGUAAGGAUGAGUGAAUAUUAGGACUUGAUAUAGGAGUUCAAUGCAACUGUUGAUGUUUUUGUCAUCACCACUGUUCUUUGGGUGGUGGGAAGGGAGGGUGGGGAAAUGCGUUGUUUUGAAAGAAUAAAGUGAUAGUAGCAAAAACUUGUAUCUUAAUUUUCUUAAGAGCUGGGGAAGGUAUUCUUACUUUGUCACAGGUGCUCAGAAAGCUUGCCUUCAUUUCCUGACUCCAGUGCUGCACCACAUCCAUUAACUACCUGAGCCUGACUGGAGUUCUGAGUAUUACAUAGUGAAAACUGGAAAUGUCAAAACCAAUUUAACAUAGUUCAGUACUUGGAUACUGACAUGAUGAAUAAAGGGACUGUUCCAAACUGCAUGUUUUAUUACCUGUAUAAAACCAUUUAUUUGUUUCACAUGGGCACUUUACCUAUUCAAAUAUGUGCUUCCUCAGAAAACUUUAGUCCAGUUUAUUGUGUUAAAAGAAGUAUAGUAGGAGUAUUUUUGAAGGUAUGCUAAAUUGAUAAGGAGGGUAUACUCAUGCCUUAAUCUGCAAUCUGUCUUUGAACAAGAGAACAUUUGUUAGAAGCAGAAAGUGUCAGUUAUUCUAAAAGGAGAUAAAAUUAAUAUUUAAUGGCUAUUUAUUCUGAGUAUUUAAAAGAUUUGGUUUCUGAUGUAAGAAAAGAGUAUUCUUAAUAUUUUCAUGUCUUUAAUGUGUGUCUCAUGUAAUAAGUUCAGGGCAGAAUUAAGCCUUAUUUAAAUAACCUGUUGUGUGAUGCAUCUUUAUUUUGCAUCUUGCCUUCAUCAACUGAACCAUAGUGUGGGGUUUUUCUAUACUACAGAAUUGCACAAAGGUGUAUGACUACACAGUCCUAUAUAUUUCUGCAUAGUGGUUGCAGUGAGGGAUUUUACAGAUGUGUGCAUAACUUGGCUAAAAGGGUAUUGAGAAAGCCAAGGAAUAAGGUUGAUUUGAGGGUUUCCUAAGAGUGAUCCGUGUUAAUGCUGUGUGGCUUAAAGAUUUGAUUAAUGUUCAUGCUUAAUAAGGGAAACUUAACUUUUUAUAAGACUUCCACUGUAAUAGCUUUAAAUUUGCAUGGCUUGCUAAAUUUCAGGUGCCACAUGCCGCUAAAUUUAAAUGAUUCCUUCCUUUCAGCAUAGAUUGCUCCUGAGAAUGAGUCUUCCACACAAAACACUUGGGAAUGGAAGAUGGAAGAGAGUUUCACAUUGUAGCUUCUCAAAUGGGAGAAGCUACGUGAAACUUCCCAACCUUAACAGGGAACCAGCUGUACUUUCAUAUUUGGAAAGUGGCUAUUUUUAACUGAGGGGAAAGCUCCUCAAUGUUCCAGUCAAGUAACUUGCCGUUUAGGAAAAAAUUGUGCAGGAAAGCUUCUGUAGUUUAAGGGUACUGGUUGAGAUGAAUGGUUCCCACUUCAGAACCAGCUGUCCUGCAUGGUAGGAAUAAAUACUACCCAGAAGUCCAAAUCUUAAGAGAAAAACACACUUUUACCCUUAUCCACUCCUUAAUUGUUUUUCAGUGAUUCAUACAUACAUACAUAUAUAUAUGUAUAUAUAAAAAUGAGAAAUAGUUUUGGGGAAAUAAAAAUCAUCUGAGUAAGCAAUGCAUGCAUGAGAUUUGAGAAGUGUGUGAGCUUGGAUGAAGUGUAUCUGAUAGUGAAAGAGCUGCUUCUCUCUCUUGUAACAGUGAAGACUGAGGCUCGUUCUUUUUGAGGUGCGUUGUUUUUGUUGUAGGAUUAUGCAUCAGUAACUUGGCACACACAGAACUGUGUAUUUCUCACAACUAAAGAGGGAAAAAGCACACCAGUGGAGGGAGUGCUUCAGGAGCUUCCAGAGAAUGAGUUUGGAUGAUCUGGGAAGUGUGAUGCUGAAAUUGUGAUAGCUGCUAACUCUGGUGAAAGGUGUCUCAUGCCACAUGCCUGGAUUGAAAACGGCUCUUUUCUGUGCUGCUCUUAAUGAAAUGUACCACUUGGAGUCUCCUUUUUGUUUGAUGACAAAUAAAUAUACUUUUCUUAA